CUUUUUCAUUCUCAAUGCGUGCAUCAAUGAAAGCGAUGCUCUGUGACCUGUAAACAAGUAUAACCCUUGAUCUUGUCAUCGCAUUUACUGCGCCCGAGUCAAGCACAACUUCUCCCUCAAUCCCACUGGGCGCUGUAUAAGGUGUACUUUGGAUCCACGAAUCGACCAGCGCCGAAAAAAUGGCUGCGCAGCCUACCGGCCCAUCUUGUAUGAGAGCUCUCUGUCCGUCCGUUUGAUGUCUGUUUUCAAGACUGACAGCGUCUCAGUUGCCUGCCUGCGAUACCUACAAAUAAAGGCAAUCUUCUCAAAUUACCCGAGAACGGCACCUACGAGAUCGAGCUGGAUACACUGCCCUCACCUCACCAACCGCGCGAUCCGAGCUCCGUCAAGAUGCGACCGCUCGUUCUCCACCACGACAGCACGUCAAGAUUGGCUGACACCCAAACGGCCGGAAGUGAGAAAGUCUCAUGUAGGACGUCCUCGAAUGCCCACGGGUGGUUCCAUGCGUGGCACGACCGUUGUCUGGGGUGAUUACGGCCUGCGGAUGAAGGACCACGAUCGACGCGUCUCGGCGAAACAGCUCAAGAAUGCCGAGGAAACCAUCAAUAGAAGACUGCGGGGCGAACGCUUCAGGUUGUACAAGAGAGUUAGCGCAAAUAUCGGCGUCUACACGAAAGGCAGCGACGUGCGGAUGGGGAAAGGCAAGGGGAAAUUCGACUACUGGGCCGCGCGUAUCCCAGUCAGCAGGGUAGUGUUCGAGAUCAAGAGCAACCUCCAUGAGCAGGUGGUAAGAGAUGCUUUUAGAUUGGCAGGAAACAAACUACCUGGGUUAUGGGAGUUUGUCAAGAAGGGAGACCCGCCAAUGGUUGGCAUCACAAAACUUGGCAAUGGAGUGACGCUGGAGAAGCUCAAAGAGGCCCGAAGAGAGGUGGAACCCAAGGACAAGAAAAGCCCACAACCCAUCAUAUCCUCUGCGAUGGAAGUGCCGCCUCAGACGAUCGCGACUGAAUUAGAUCCUCCGCCGACGACUGUUCACGUUUCACCCUGAGCCAUCGGACGAGGAGAUAUCCAGGGACACACUCGAAAACUCUCGACCUCUAUGCCCCGAUCCCACUUCCUCCCCCGUAUCUUUGCUGCGGCCUGGUGUCCUUCUGUCCCUCGGCCUGAUCUUGUGUUCCUCCAUAGCCACCUUCCUGGCCGGCUUGGCCGUCCUGCGCCGCUGUCUUGCCACCCAUUCCGGACUCUAAGAUAUUCUGACCAUAUCUUAUGUUGUCAGCUGUCUGCCUCCCCCGAUCUUCGGACACGAAGAGGCUUUCUGAGAUAUUGGGGCCGCCUAAGGAACAUGGUCAGUUGCAGAGAGGAGAGGGACAAGAUGUCAAUGGCGUACCGCCCAAUUGACCUCUUUGCUUCGAGGUGGGAACAGUCUCGGUCUUGAUGGACUCAUAUCUGCGGACGACGACUAUCAGCUGGCGCUCGGAGACUGACAUGAGAGAGAGCAAUAACCACAUACUGGGGGGUCUCGCCUCCCGGAACUGUAUCCAUAGUUUUAUCUUGGCCCUGGUUGCCAUCCAUCUUGAAUACCUUGAACGAAUCGUACCAGUCGCAAGUCAAGACUUGAUCAAUGGUUUGAGUGACGGUGUUGAAAAGA